UGUUGAAAUGAAACCGCUGGCGCUCGGGAAUAUUUGUUAACCCCACCUUCCACUGCCCCAUUUCAAUUCUUCUCUCAAUUUCAGCGUUGAGGCCGAACUUUCUUAGAAAGAGAGGUGGAGGGGGUUGAGGAGAGGACUCCAGUUCUCUCUCUUUUGCUUAAUCUUUUCUGAGCAGACCAAAUUCUUCUUUCUUCUUCUUCUUCUUCUUCUUCUUCUUCUUCUUCUUCUGGUUAUGGUGGUGGAGACUAGAGUGUUGACAUGGAGGAGGGUGUUCAAGUCUCUCCAGGCUCUGGCAGCCCAUGGUUUUCUUUUGUCCUUCACGCUUACGCUUGCUCUCAAGCUCGACCAUCUCGUCUCUUACUCUUGGUGGGUUGUCUUUUCACCCCUAUGGCUUUUUCAUUUAGUUGCAGCAAGAGGCAGAUUUUCUCUACCUGCUCCAUCAAUGCCUCAUGACCGAUAUUGGGCACCGUGGCAUGCUGUCAUGGCAACACCAUUACUUGUUGCUUUCGAAGUACUUCUUUGUAUAUAUUUAGAGUGCAGUAAUGUUAUAGAUUUGAAGAUUGUCUUUGUUCCCCUCAUGAUAUUUGAGAUAGCAAUUUUGGUCGACAAUAUCAGGAUGUGUAGAGCCCUACUGCCUGGAGAUGAAGAAGACAACGUAAGCGAUGAAGUUAUAUGGGAAACGCUUCCUCACUUCUGGGUCUCAAUCUCCAUGGUUUUCUUCAUCGCUGCAACCCUUUUCACUCUUCUUAAGCUUAGUGGCAGUGUAGCUGCUCUGGGCUGGUGGGAUUUAUUUAUAAAUUACUGUAUAGCGGAAUGCUUUGCAUUUCUUGUCUGCACGAAGUGGUAUAAUCCUAUGAUUCAUAGGCAUUCUCUUGUUAGAGAAUCCAGUUCCUCUUCGCUGACCAUUAGAUACCUUGACUGGGAUAGAGGUGUGGUUGUUUCCUCUGAUGAGGUCCAACCCCAAGUCAGAGUUUGUAACUUGCAGGAAAUUGGUGGACACAUAAUGAAGGUUCCUUUAAUCAUUUUCCAAAUCAUGCUUUUUAUGCGCUUAGAGGGAACCCCUAGGAGUGCUUCCUAUAUUCCUUGUCUGGUUCUGUUCUCUCCUCUUUUCUUAUUGCAAGGGGUGGGUUCAGUAUUUGCGGCAUAUAGGUCAAUAGAAAAAAUUAUAAUUUUGCUAGUUGGUUCACCUACCUCUGUAAGAUAUCUUGAUAUAAGGUCGAAGGCUCGUGAACUGUUAGGGUUCAUGCACCAUGGAUCGAGGUUGCUAGGUUGGUGGUCAAUUGAUGAAGGUAGUCAAGAGGAGCAAGCUAAACUUUAUUCUGCUGGAAAUUCUGGGUAUGAUACCUUCACACCUGAGACUGUAAAGAAAAGGACCAAAUCCAAUCUAGUUGAUGAGAUAUGGAGAUUACAAGCUGCAUUAAAUCAGCAGACAGAAGUUACGAAAUUGAGCCGCCAGGAGCACGAAAAGCUUCUAUAUGAGAAGAUUCUUUGUAGAGUAUGCUUUGAUGAACCCAUUGAUAUGGUUCUUCUUCCGUGUAGGCAUCACAUUCUUUGCAGCUCUUGUAGUGAGAAGUGUAAUCGUUGCCCAAUCUGUCGGGAAUCGAUCGAAGAACGGCUGCCUGUAAAUGAUGUUUAGUGAGAAAGCCCCAUAUUGGUCGGGCUGGCUCAAAGCGCUGGAUUGUUGCUUGUGUUUUUUUAGAUGGGACAGGCAUCAACAGUGUCUAACAACAUAUGGUGUGUAUACAAAAUUUCUACACGGACCAGUUUGAAAGUUCACUGAGUGUUGAGUUCCUUGCUUUGGACUGUAAUUGAGUGAGAGAUUAUGUUUUCAGCAAAUAUUAUGGUAUCCGUAGUUCACUCAAACUUGUAAAUUCGUCAAACUCAUGUAACCUUAUGACCAUUUUACUUAUUGUAUCAAAAGGAGUUGUUUGAUGUCA